UUUUGAUUGAUCGUAGUGAUUGUUGUGCAAAUUGACAAUGGGAUAUAUCUGUGUGUGUGUAUAUAAUGCAUAGUGUUAUAUUUGGUUGGAAUGUUUUAAUGAAUUAAUUUUUGUGUGGAACGGACAGCAGAACGGGUGGUCGUGGCGGUGCGUCAGCCGCGGCUCCAAAGUGAGACCGGCUGCAAGCGUAGAAGAUGCUCUGAGUGCUCGAGCGCACAAAGCCCCCCCUGUAAUUUUGGAAUCAGCCCCAAAAAAGCAAUCACCAUCCCCCCGAACACAACAAUAACAAACGAAAAGUACGGACAGAUUUCAGCAGUAACUCGAUUCCUAUGCACGUUGCCAUGGAAGUACCUACUGAUCCAAAGCCGAAGAAGUUUGUGCUGGCCUUCAAGCCAAACACACUGCUGAGCAAUUCCCAGCUAAUGCAUGAUGACGGCAGUAAGAGGGACGGAUCAGAAUCACCGCAGGCCACUGAUGACUUCCUCACCAUCAUACCUAAGCCAACAUUGCUUAGUAAAGAACGGGCGAAGAAACGGUUGCAGGCAUUCAGUUCACAGAAGUUAUCAUCACCUGUUGCCAUCAAGAAACCUGUAGUUAAGAAAGUGCUGGAAAUCAAAGAGGAGAAAUUCGAUGAUGAGCAAGUUUUGACAGUGGAGGAGAAUAAUGUGUUGAGGAAACCGUUGAUCUUUGAUGAUAGAUUUGAGCUAAAGACAAAGAACACCAUCUAUCAAAUUGGGGACGAUCUGAGGAAGCAGCAAGAUGAUAAAUUAGAAGCACCUGUGCAGGUGCAAAGACACCCAAUAUCCCAUUCUCAGAUGAAACACAGGAGAGCGAAAAGGGAGAAAAUGCAUAAAUAUCAUGGCAGAUCACAGCCUAGAGAGAGGAAAAACUCUAACAGGUAUCCUAUUUGCUGGGAUGACUUCAGGGAUGGCAAGUGUUGCUUAUCGGAAAUUCGGAAGAUGAACGAACUCUCAGAAAUGUGCACGAAAGAUUUCGUUAAGACGUCCAAUUUUGAGGUUCCCAAUAUGACUUUGAGACAGUUCAAGUAUAGACGGGUGUCCGGGAAAAAGAAGCUCUCGAUACCGUUGCAAUACGUGCGCUUCACGUUAACCGCACCCAGGGUGCCGUACAGCGUGAACCUCAGGCACAUGCCGCAACCUGUGUUCUGCACGGUCAAACAGGUGCAGGAGAUGAUGCCCAAACGGCAACGGGAAUCGAUUAAGAGUUUCAUGAAGAGAUUGGGAGAUGCGAAAGAGUCGCAUCAUCAACAUCAUCAUCAUCAACAUCGACACUGGUACAGUAAGGAUGUUCUCCCCAAUUUGGUGCAUGUCAAAAACGAAAUGGAGAGCAGCUCCAGGAGGGACGAGGAUUUUAAGCAAUUCAGCAACAGAAGCAAAUCAAAAUCAGAAGAACGCCAUAGGCAUUAUAAGCAACAUAAGUUUGAAGAAAUCGGUAAAAGGUAUGAAGGGGAGAGUUUUAGAAAUUUGGAUGAAGUUAAAAUGGAAACUGCAGCUGCUGCAAACGAUCCCUACGAAAUGCACUAUCAUCAUCGUCAUGAUUAUCAGGACAGUUAUAUUCAGGAGCACGUCAAGAGUAAACACGAAGAAACUCGACCGGAGAUUAUGAAUUUUUACAAUUCGAAAUACAAAGAGGACGUGGAUAGUUUUAAGACCAAAGAGGGCGUGCAUCAUUUCGCCAAUGCGGAGAGCGAGGAAACCGAUAAAUUUAAGACUGAAAUUCUUGUCAAUAACUUUAUUGAUACGAUUGCGCUUCCGCCCGACAAGAAUACGUCAUCGUCAGAGAAGCUGGUGUCGAGCAGUACGAGUGAACUCUGCAAGGAGGAGGAGGAAGAGGAGAUUUCGUUGCCACUCGUCGGUGAUGGCAAAGAGCAGAUACACGAGGUAGAAUCCAGUAAGACGGAGCAGGUUAAAGAAAAUUCGAACGGCGAUGAACCGAACACGGAUGAAUAUCGAUCGCACUGGGAGAGCGAAGGCGAAGGGGAAACGGAAAUAAUGGCGCAAAGCAAUAAAGCGAACAACUGCUGGGAGAGCGACGAGGAGGAUAAGAUCUUCCCGCCACCGCGGUACGAGUGCAUUCCGAGAACGAAGGACGUCAGCGAGCGUAGUCUGGAGAUGCCGUUGAACAUUAACCUGAGCAGAAGCAAACCGUUGCAGAAAAAGUUCAAUCUGUUCGAGGAUAUUGAAACGAAGAGGAGCGGUUUGUUCAUGGACGAGGCGUGGGAGAAACCAAAGGCCAGAGCAGCCGAUCUCGAGUACGAAGCGUUGGAAAAGGAACGCAGGACUUUGGACGAGGAGCGUAAAAAGUUGGAGAUCGAGAAGCAAAAGAUCGCUGAGAUGGGACGCAGAAUACUAAAUCAAUUGGACGAUAGCAAAGAUGAAUUCAGGGGGGUCGUCACCAAAAGCAACGCCAGUUACAUCAAUAAGAAGUUAAAGACUACGAGAUGGGGAGACAACCCGUUGAAGGUCGUGUCCGAAGAAAUCGCGAAAGGUAAAGAGGAUUUGUUGGAGGAUGAGUACGAGCAGUUCAUGAAAGCUGUCGCGGUGGAGGAGCGCAUCGUCAGCUCCAGCAAUAACAGUUCUGAUGUGAGCGACAGUUCAUCGGAGAGCAGCGCUGAAAACGCAGCCGUUCCUGUAGGUUCGCCUCCUUCGGUCACAUCCACCAACAUCAGCAGCAUCGAUACGACCGGCAUCGAUUUAGAUAAUAGAAAACCCUUAACCUCGAUCGUUUUGAAUCGCAAAACGAACAUAUUGGAUCGCUCCGUAUUUAAGGAAUCGGAAGACGAAGAGGAGGCGGAAGAGGACGACGCAGAAAUGGAGGAGAAAGAGUCAUCGCCUAAACGUCGAAAAGUUUCGGCGUCUCCAUGCAGAGUGGUAGAGGAAAGAGAGAAAGCUUCAAAAGCACCACCGAAACGGAGCGACUGCAUCAAGAAGAAGGAGCACUCGCCGCAUCGUAGACACUCUCCGGUGUCGCGCAGAGAGCAUUCACCAAGGAGACGGGAAUACUCUCCGAAGAGGAGAGCGCAUUCGCCAGUGCGCGGUAGCAAGCGAGGACGUUACUCCUCGCCCAGUCGCUACUCCCCUCCGUCUUCAAGGAAACGUAGAGAUUUGUCGCCGAGAAGAAAACAUUCGCCUCCACGGAGACGACACUCUCCACCUUCCAGAUCGCGUCGCGAUUCAUCGCCUCCAUCGUAUCGUCGCAGGUAUUCGCGUUCGAGCAGCAAAGAACCGUCUAAAACGGAGACGAUUCAGCAAACGUUGCAACGGUUGGCCGGAAUGGAUCAGUACGAGCCAGUCUCAAAAUCGUCGCCGGUCAAUUCACCGCUGGACGGAUUCAAGAGGAGUCUAGCGGAUUCCACCAUCAGUGACGAGCAACUCCUGCAGAACCAGGAGCAGCCCUACAUGGAGCAGCAGUACUACGAACCAGUGAAGACGGAAUCGGGAAUAAUCGGCUCUGGCUCCCCGAAACGCAUUCCCCUUGACGAUCGCAUCAACCAAGUGCUCGGAAUCGACGACAAGGACGAGCACAAACCCAUCAUCACCACAUACGCGUCGCGCCAACAGCAAGCACAACACUACGAAUCGUACAAUUCGUACAAUUAUUGUUAUAAUGAUCAGUUCAAUAACGUUGAUUACGAGCAGAAGGCGUACGAACAUCAAAAUUUGCGAUACAUGACAUCGAAGAAUCAUCCGGAUCCCACCACCAAAGUCGUGCAGGUCGGAAACGUGCUGCAGGUGGUGCCCACCGACAAUUCGUUGCCUCCGAUGCAUAAGCAACAUCAUCAUCUUCAUCAUCACCACCACCAGCAGCAGCAGCAGCAGCAACCCAAGGAAGGGGUAAAAACGGCGCAGCGGAUCGUGCAGGUGGGCAAUAUGCUGCAGAUAGUGCCGACGACGACCACGACAACUGAACUGCCGCUUCCUGUGGAGACGCCGAGGGAGACUUUGCUAGCAACCGUAGCAGCAGCAGCAGCAACAGCACCGUUAUCUCUGCCGCCACCGAUCCUACAACACAAACAAUCUGCUGAAGAUCUCAUGCAGCUGAAGAUUGCAGAGAGGAAGGCAGAACGGGAAAAGCGACGACUCGAAAGGGAGAAACGCAGAAAGGAGAAGGAGCGCAAGAGAAUAGAACGAGAAAAACGGAAGCAGCUUAAGAUAAAGCAGAAGACGGAGGAAAUGAUCAAGAAAGCGCUAUCCAUUGAGACCCCGGUAACGUUGAACGAUGACGAGGAAGAGCCGCAGAUGCAGUGGCCACCUGUCUCGUCGUUGCUAGCCUCCAGUAGCAAAACAACCGGCAAAGGGAUCCUAAUCAGAGGAAAAGAGACUGAGGAGUAUUCGGAGAGGCCGAAGAAGGGCGUCAAGUUUGCGGACGGCAUCAUCCCCGGCGAGGGAACGUCCCCGUCCGGCGGAGAGGAGCUCUCGUCACCGCCACCGAUCGUCGAAAGAUCCAAGGAGAAACGUUUCACGAAAACAAAGAAACCCAAAAUUAGACAUCCAAAGAAGAAAAUCAAAGUGCAAAUCGUGAGGAAACGAAAACGCGAAUCGGACGAAGAGGAUGAGGACGGUCUACCGUUGCCUCCGCCCUCACCGCCACCCGGCUCACCGCCGCCACAUCUCUUUCCGCCACGCAUCAAACCCACGCCCAAUUUCUCUGUACUGCCGCCGAUGGGCCUCAUCUUCAACAGCCAGCAGCCGCCACCGAUGCCCGAGGCGCUGCAGCCCCAAAACUACCCACCCACGUUGUCGUCGCCUCUCCUCAGGCAACCACCCAAACAACUUAAUCACAGUAUUAAGCCACUUCCACAGCAGGUGCAGCCGCCGGGACUCUCCUCGUCCCAUCACGGUUAAACUAUGAUGAUUAUGAAUAUUAUUUCUUA